CCAUGUUCUAUACACAUAGACUGUAAUUGUUAUUAAACAGGUUGCUACUCGUAUCAGAUAUCACUUUUAGAGUUUUGCCUACUUAUUAUUUUUUCAUGUCCAGUUACUACAAUACUACGUUCCUACUUAUACGGUUAGACAUUUUUCUCGAUUUGGCUUUCCCUUUUGCUAGAAACCAGGAUUUGUAUUUUGCAUACGUUGGAACUGAAGAAAAUUGAAGUACUGCACUAAUGAUGAAUGAAUAGAAUUUAACACCGUUUAACAAAAAAUCCUCUGACCGCGUUGUUGAAUUAUAAUAUAGUUCACAUUAUUUAUGUAGUCUAACAUGCCCAAUCGUCCAUAGAUGUUUUAACAUGUCUUGUGUCAGUGGACUGCCUAAAAAUUAUAACAGCCAAAAUACUGCAGUAAGCCAAAAAUUAAAUGUUGUAAUACCGCCAAAGUAUCAACCACCGCCAAGUCCUAAUUGUCAGUAUAAUGUCCAACUGAACAAUUACUUGGAGGCCAGCACUGACCACAGAAGACAACAAGGUGAAAAGCCUUAUGUUAAUACUUCUGAUAACCAUAGAUAUAGGACAUUACCAGAAGAACAAGUAUCGGGCAUGUUGAAGUUUGUUCGUAAAAUUGAUUCUGAUAAUUCAAGCAAAGUAUCUCCAGAACAGAUUGGCCAGUUAAUGUCUGAAAUAAAUAGUUUGAAAGAUAUGAAUCAACGAUUAAAUGAUGAAAAUCAAGAACUGCGAGAUUUAUGUUGUUUUUUGGAUGAUGAUCGGCAAAAGGGACGCAAACUUGCAAGAGAAUGGCAACGUUUUGGACGGUACACUGCAUCUGUAAUGAGACAGGAAGUUGCUGCAUAUCAGGUCAAACUUAGACAUCUUGAAGCAAAACAACAACAUUUAAUAGAAGACAAUAUGGAGCUUAAGGAAUUAUGCCUUUACCUAGAUGAAGAGCGUUGUGGUCCAAACAGAUUAAGGGAUAAUUCUGUAUGUCGAAUAUGUGGUAAUUCUACUGUUACUACAAACUUAACAGAAGAAUUACAUAGAAGAGAUGAGGGAGAUGGUAGUAGCUCUUCGACAAAUGCAGAUGAAAAUUUGAUGACUGCAAAUCAGCUUCCUUUCCACAGGCAAUUACAUCAAUCAAAUGAUCAAAAUGUACUUCCAGAUCAGAGGUCAAUAAAUUAUAUAAGGCAGUUAGAGGCUAAGGUUAAAGAACUAGAAGAUGAAAAAAAUAAAAAUUUUAAGAAAUUGAAUGAAGACGAAAAAAUUAAUGAUAAACAAAUUAUCAAUUGGAAUGUUGAAGGUUUAUUUCCAUUGACACAUCCAGAAUCAGUCAUGACAGCAUUGCAAGUUUUAGAACUACGUGAACAGUUAGAGAGUAAGGGAGAAGAUAGCAAUAAUAGGGUUGACAUGGAAGAUGAAGAAAAAGCAUUAUUGAGAGAAAUGUGCAAUGUUGUAUGGCGAAAACUUGAAGACAACCAUUAAUUAACCAAUGGCUUAAUAUUUGUCCAUCUUUUUGUUUUGAUUAAGUUUUUCACUGAAAGCAUGUCACUAAUGCCAUUUAUUUUAGUAACUAAAAUUUAACAAGUAAAAAUAUAGUUAUUUUAUAUAAAUAAUAACAUACAAUAUGAUAAAAUUUCAAAACUAAUUUUAGGAAUAAAAUACAAACCCACCUACAUUAAUUACAAUUUAUUACAUUUCUAAUUUGUGUUGUAUUAUUAAUCAACAAAUUAUUUAUAUAUCAACUUAUUUUAGUUAAGUUUUAUUUUACACUAAUUUAAU